AAUUUCACCAAAGGCCCAUUUAGUGUACAUAAAUUGAAACCACUGCAAGCUGCAAUGAAACACCAGCACAAAAACCCACUAGUCGCAGAGUACCAUGACAUAAUCAAGCCUGACAGUGACAAUAAAAAUUAUCGAGGUCUCGUGUUGGUGAAUAAGCUGAAAGUUCUCCUUACAAGUGACCCCACUGCGGAAAAAGCUGCGGCUUCAAUGUCCGUGGCUGUAGGAAGCAUGAACGACCCACCACAUGUUCCUGGUCUUGCUCAUCUAUGUGAACAUAUGCUAUUCAUUGAGACGACAAAAACAAACGGUGGAAAAGGUUACAGCAAAUUCAUUUCGGAAAAUGGGGGUGGAUGCAAUGCCUUUACGACACGGGAUCAGACCAACUACUACUUUGAUAUUGCAGCGUCUGCAUUUAAUGACGCCUUAACCAGAUUUUCCAAGUUUUUUACCACACCACCAGAAUUUCCAGACAAUGCUCUCCAGCAAGAGUUGAAGAUCGUAACUUCUGAGCAUGAAAACAAAUUAACAAACGAGGCUUGGAGAAAAAUGGCUGUAGAAGCGGUCACUGCUAAGCCUGGUCACCCCUUUGGUCAAUUUAGCACUGGCAAUGAAGAGACGUUGUGGGUGGAACCAAAUGCCCAAGGAAUUAACGUGCUAGAAUGCCUCCGAAACUUUCACUCUCAAUUUUAUUCAGCUAGCAUCAUGUCUUUGGUUGUCCUUUCAAAGGAACCGUUGGAUUACUUGGAAGAACUUGUAGUCAAUUUGUUCUCUGGAGUAAAAAACCUAAACAUAGCCACACCUUCAUGGCCUAAUAAUCCAUAUGGACCUGUAGAGUGCCAAAAGUGGAUAGACAUAGUACCACUAUCCGAAGUACGAGACUUGUAUGUGUGCUUUCCUAUGCCAGAUUCACGUCCAUGGUUUAAAACAUUUCCACACGGAUAUUUGACAAAUUUGUUGGGACACAAAGGACCUGGAAGCGUUUUCAGUUUGUUAUCCAGGAACGAGUGGGUUAACAAUACAUACUUGAACUCUUCCGUCCCUGGUCGUGGCUUUGGAUAUUUGACAAUUGGUCUCACGCUGACAGUCGAAGGGUUGAAACAUGUCGAGGAAAUUGUGGAGAUUGUUUUCAGUUACAUAGGCAUGCUACAAAGUAAAGGACCACAAAAGUACUUUUGGCAAGAGUUGAAGGACAUUUUGAAAAUUCAGUUCGACUUUAUUGAUUGUGAAAGUGGAAUCGACUUUGUGCAGAGAACUUCCAAUUUAUUGCAUGUUUAUCCAAUGUCAGAAAUCUUAACAAUUGGCUAUAUUUUAGACAAUUUUGAUGAAGGCGUGAUAAAGAAGUUUCUAAGCUCUCUCACCCCGGAAUUUUGCCGAAUUAUGGUGGUUGCGAAAAAAAAUGAUGCGAUUGCUACCCAGACCGAGAAAUGGUAUGGCGUAAAGUACCAAGUGCAACCAAUUAAUCCCAGCCUAAUAAAUAAAUGGAAAGAAGCCUGCACAGACUCCUCCAAGUACGCGAAACAAAUGACUCAUCCUCCAAAAAAUUUGUUCAUUCCAACCAAAUUCGAUCUCAAAUACAUACCUCAGCCUGAAAUGCAAACCGAACCUCGAAGAAUUUCUCAGGAUCAGCUCAUUAAAGCUUGGUUUUAUCAAGACUGUGAUUUAACCGUUCCCAAAGCAUUUAUUCGAUUUGAACUUUAUAGUUUCCUACCAAUGGUCGACCCGUUCACUUAUAAUUGCAACCACAUCUUGUCCAUGAUGUUUAAAGAAUCGAUAGCUGAAGAAUUAUACAGUGCAAUUCUUGCGGGCCUGAACUAUACGAUCAAGGGAACCAUGUAUGGGAUGGAGAUUACGGUGGAUGGUUAUGACGAAAGACUCACAGUCCUCACCGAAACAAUUCUCCAACGACUCUUAGAUUUUGAUCCGAAUUCUAAUAUGUUUAAAGCAAAGCUGGAGUCGUAUGAAAACGGAUUAAUAAAUUCGUCAAAUCUUCAGCCAUACACACAAAUCCCUUAUUAUUUUUCAUUGCUGACGAGAGAAAAACGGUUCACUGAUGAAGAAUUGCUCACUUCAUUAAAAGAACUGACUGCCGAUGCAAUUCCUGAAUACCACAAACUUUUCAUGAAACGGUUGAACUUGGAAUGCUUGAUUUAUGGGAAUCUAUCAGAAAAUGAAGCAAUCCAUUGCUGUGUGAAAUGGAAAGCAAAGUUUCAAAAUUUUGGCACUAAACCCCUGAUUCCGAGUCAAUCAAUCAGACUUCGUGAAGUUCAACUACCAGCAGGAACAUCGUGGGUUUAUAAGAAAAUGUUGGGCAACGAAAAUCAGCGUUCAUGCUGCGCCGUAUUGUUUCAAGUUGGUUCCAGAAGACUGGAGGAUAAUGUGCUACUGGAACUUUUCGACCAAGUCAUUUACGAGCCAUGCUUCAAUCAAUUGCGAAAUCAAGAACAGUUGGGUUACAUUGUGAGGUCUUCGGUUCGAAAGUCGAAUGGAACACAAGGGCUGUUAAUCAUUGUACAAGGCCUAUUAAAGCCUCAACUGGUUCAUGCAAGAAUUGAAUCAUUUUUUAACAAUCUGAAGGGAUGCCUCCAAGCUAUGCAAGAAGAUAUAUUAACAAGGCAUAAAUCUGCUGUCGCAUUGAGGAAAACUGACUUGCCGAAAAAGUUGUUAACACGGGCAAAUCGUCUGUGGAACCAUGAAAUUUACACCAGGGAAUACAAUUUCACUCGAAAUAAGGACGAGAUAAUGUUCCUUCAGACUUUGGAUGCCAAUCACCUGAUUUCUUUUUAUAAUAAAUAUUUUAAUCCAGCAUCUGAGGACCGAAAAUGCAUUUCCAUAUAUUUAGAGUCCCCUACAAGUCAAGGAACGAAUCCUACUAUUAGAAAUAAUAGCUUGGGUACGCUGAUUCUGCAUCAAGAAAUAACUGACGUUACAGAUUGGAAAAGUAAUAUGACACUAUCGCCUUUAUUUCCAAUUUUAAAGUCAAAAAAUGACACAAAAACACUGAGAUAAAGAACUAAAUUAAGAAUAUCAUAAUAGUACUUAACAAUACGGAGGACGAUAAUCAAGACAAUGAAACGAAUUCGACAGAUCACAAAUUGUUUAAGUUAGUAGCAUUAUUAUUAUUAGCAGCAUAUUUACGUAAUUUGACAUCAAAAGCAAAGAUAGCUGAAAUAAUAUGAGACAUUUAUUACGAGUGAAGUUGUAUUAAAAGUACAAUUUGUUAUGUCUGACAAAUGAAGUGAAAGAAAUAAAAUUUACAUUAAAGUAUCAUAAGUAAUUAAUACUUAUGCACUUAAACCCUAAUAUUUUUUGAUAAGAUAGAGAUAAGUACUAUUAUAUAA